CGGCCAAUUUGCCAUUGUGAGAAAGUGCCGGGAGAAGAAAACGGGCCUGGAGUACGCGGCCAAGUUCAUCAAGAAGCGGCGGCUGUCGUCGAGCCGUCGGGGCGUGAGCCGGGAGGAGAUCGAGCGGGAGGUGGACAUCCUGCGGGAGAUCCAGCACCCCAACAUCAUCACGCUGCACGACAUCUUCGAGAACAAAACGGACGUGGUGCUGAUCCUGGAGCUGGUGUCGGGCGGAGAGCUCUUCGACUUCCUGGCGGAGAAGGAGUCGCUGACGGAGGAGGAGGCCACGCAGUUCCUCAAGCAGAUCCUGGACGGGGUGCACUACCUGCACUCCAAGCGCAUCGCACACUUCGACUUGAAGCCGGAGAACAUCAUGCUGCUGGACAAGAACGUGCCCAACCCUCGCAUCAAACUCAUCGACUUUGGGAUCGCCCACAAGAUCGAAGCUGGGAAUGAGUUCAAGAACAUAUUUGGGACCCCGGAGUUCGUGGCACCAGAAAUCGUGAACUACGAGCCGCUGGGGCUGGAGGCUGACAUGUGGAGCAUCGGGGUCAUCACUUACAUCUUGCUGAGCGGGGCCUCCCCCUUCCUGGGGGAAACAAAGCAGGAGACCCUCACCAACAUCUCCGCUGUCAACUACGACUUCGACGAGGAGUACUUCAGCAGCACCAGCGAGUUGGCCAAGGACUUCAUCCGCCGGCUGCUGGUCAAGGACCCCAAGAAGCGGAUGACCAUAGCUCAGAGCCUGGAGCACCCCUGGAUUAAGGUGAUCAAGAGGAGGAACGUCCGCAACGAGGACAGUGGGAAGAAGGCGGAGCAGCGGCGGCGGCUGAAGACGACGCGGCUGAAGGAGUACACCAUCAAGUCGCACUCCAGCAUGCCGCCCAACAACACCUACGUCAACUUCGAGCGCUUCUCCAAAGUGAUGGAGGAGGUGGCGGCGGCGGAGGAGACCCUCCGCGAGCUGCAGAGGAACAAGAAGUCCUUCCGGGAGGACAUCGAGGCGCUGCUGUCCAUCUACGAGGAGAAGGAGUCGUGGUACAAAGAGGAGAACGAGAGCAUCGGCCGCGACCUGCGGCAGAUCCGGCAGGAGCUGCUCCGAGCCGAGUCGGCCCGGCAGCGGGCGCAGGAGGAGAGCAGGAGCGUGCUGCAGGCGGCGGGGGGGCUGCGCCGGCGCUACCGGCGCUUGGAGAAGCGCUACGGCGCGUUGGCCGAGCAGGUGGCCUCCGAGGUUCGCUUCGUGCAGGAGCUGCUCUGGUCCAUCGAGAGGGAGAAGCUGCAGAGCGGCGGCGAGGACGGCAGCAUCCGCUGAGGUGGGGGGGGAGCAAGGGCGG